AAUUUUAUGAUAUCCAUCCCCUCCGAAUCAAUACAUACGACGAAUUGUCUUUCUUCACUCAUUACAACUAUAUAGAAUACAAUGGGCAAGGAUAUCACUGGAUCAAAGGUCCUUCUUUUGGGCUCUGGCUUUGUUGCCAAACCCACUGUCGAUGUUUUGGAUCAAGCUGGUGUUGAGGUUACUGUCGCCGCCAGAAACCUAAACAACGCCCAGAAGCUUGCUUCUGGCGGAAAGCACACCAAGGCAAUCUCCCUUGAUGUCAACGAUGACGCUGCCUUGGACAAGGAGCUCGAGAAGGUUGAUCUCGUCAUCUCUCUCAUUCCUUAUACCUACCACGCCCAGGUCAUCAAGGCCGCUAUUCGCACCAAGAAGAAUGUCGUGACAACCUCCUACGUUUCUCCGACCAUGAAGGAGCUCGAGGAGGAUGCUAAGAAGGCCGGUAUCACAGUCAUGAAUGAAAUUGGAUUGGAUCCUGGUAUCGACCAUCUGUAUGCCGUCAAGACAAUCACCGAAGUCCACAACGCCGGAGGCAAAAUCAUCUCCUUCCUCUCCUACUGCGGCGGUCUCCCCGCUCCCGAGGACUCCGACAAUCCUCUUGGCUACAAAUUCUCGUGGUCCAGCCGCGGUGUGCUUUUGGCUCUCAGCAACCCGGCCAAAUAUUACAAGAACGGUGCCGAAUUCAGUGUCACCGGAAAGGAACUCAUGGGCGAAGCUAAGCCCUACUACAUCUACCCCGGUUACGCAUUCGUUGCUUACCCUAACCGCGACUCCACUCCUUACCGUGAGCGUUACAACAUCCCCGAAGCUCAAACCGUUGUUCGCGGUACACUCCGUUAUCAGGGAUUCCCUCAAAUGAUCAAAGCACUUGUCGACAUUGGUUUCCUCAGUGAGACAGAGUACGACUUCCUCAAGACCCCUAUCCCCUGGAAGGAAGCCACAAAGCAAAUCCUUGGCGCCACCUCCGACAAGGAAUUGGACUUGCUAUGGGCCAUCAGCUCGAAAACUACAUUCCAAGACAACGACGAGCGUGAUCGCAUCCUGGCCGGAUUACGUUGGAUCGGUCUCUUCUCCGACGACCUCAUCACCCCUCGCAACAACCCGCUCGACACUCUAUGCGCCACCCUCGAACAAAAGAUGCAAUACGGCCCUGGGGAACGAGACAUGGUUAUGCUCCAACAUAAAUUCGAAAUCGAAAACAAGGACGGUUCCCGCGAAACCCGUACCAGCACAUUGGUCGAAUACGGCGAUCCGAAGGGAUACUCCGCCAUGGCGAAAUUGGUAGGUGUUCCUUGUGGUGUUGCCGUCAAGUUUGUGCUUGAUGGUACGAUCAAUGAGAAGGGUGUUUUGGCGCCGAUGAGUAUGGAGCUUUGUGCGCCUUUGAUUAAGACGCUUAAGGAGGAGUAUAGUAUUGAGUUGAUUGAGAAGACUUUGUAGAUGUCUUAAUUAGAAUAUCCAAAAUGAGGACUGAAUUUCAGAGUUGAUACUACAUUCUUAUUUGCUUU